AUGAAGAAAUCUGAAUUAUCUCCUAUCUAUCUAUCUAUCUAUCUAUCUAUCUAUCUAUCUAUCUAUCUAUCUAUCUAUCUAUAUAAUUCUCUUCAUAUCUAUCUAUCUAUGUUCAUAUCUAAGUCACUUCAUUAUCUAUCUAUCUAUCUAUCUAUCUAUCUAUCUAUCUAUAUAUAUAUAUAUAAUUCUCUUCAUAUCUAUCUAUCUAUGUUCAUAUUUAAUCACUUCAUAUCUAUCUAUCUAUCUAUCUAUCUAUCUAUAUAUAUAUAUAUAUAUAUAUCUAUCUAUCUAUGUUCAUAUCUAAUCAUCAUAUCUAUCUAUCUAUCUAUCUAUCUAUCUAUUUAUCUAGGUUUGUUCAUAUCUAUCUAUCUAUCUAUCUAUCUAUCUAUCUAUCUAGGUUUGUUCAUAUCUAUCUAUCUAUCUAUCUAUCUAUCUAUCUAUCUAGGUUUGUUCAUAUCUAUCUAUCUGUCUAUCUAUCUAUCUAUCUAUCUACCUAGGUUUGUUUCUAUCUAUCUAUCAAUCUAUCUAUCUAUCUAUCUGCUAAAUUACAAAGAAACGUGUUUUACACUCGGCUUUAUCUAUAUUAUAACUUUCUUUUAUUCUCGACUUUUCCCAUCUUUUCAAAAGACCUUGAAACCUUUGGCCUGUGCUACACCUAUCAAAACUGCGAUCAAUGCCCAAUGUUUCCUUGGGUUGCAAGGACAUCAUGAAUCUUUUGACUAA